AUGUUGCAACAAAAGUGGUUAUUCUCUUACAUUGUUCUUCAUUUGCUAAUAAAACGAAACAGCGGAGCUAUUUACACUUAUGAAGAUGUUGAGUUAAGAAGAAUUUUUCCAAGUGAAUUCCCGCAAGACACAGUUAGAAAAAGUGGAGCUUCCGAUCCAGAACAUUUAGGUCGAUAUUCAGAACUAAAGAAUUACUUCAGAAAUCCUAAAUCAAACAUAAACUCCCAUUUUGAAGAGUUGGCAUGUUUUAAUGAAAAUGGUAAAAAGGUAUGUAGAAUAGACUUAGAGCGAUAUACACAAGAAGAAGACCAGUACUAUUCGUCGAUGAUGAGAGAGAGUCACGUGGACAGACGUAGAUUCGUUGUUCUUGCCUUGGUCGCAGCAGCCUCUUGCGCUCCCCAGAACCUUCAGGAUGUACAGAUCCUGCGCUAUGAUUCUGACAACGCUGGAUUGGGAUCAUACGGCUACGCAUGGGAGCUCUCAGACGGUUCCAAACAUGAAGAGCGGGGACAGUUAAAAAACCAAGGCACUGAAAACGAGAGCCUUGUUGUUCAAGGUCAGUACACCUGGGUCGGACCUGACGGUGUCACCUACGUUGUAAGCUACAUAGCUGAUGAGAACGGCUUCCAGCCCCAAAUAGAACAGGGACCAGGCGGUGCCGUCCCUCCAGGUGUGGUUGCUUCUCUCCUUGGAUAA